AUGGCGGUUUCAGCACGCAAGAUAUAUGAUGGCCCAGUAUACGACUGGAAAGAUUACCACGCCUUUAUUCAUCUUUUCGAGACGUUAGCCAAGGAAAACAGUGAUCGUACCUGCAUCUAUUACAAAAAGGGUUCAACUUACAAGACUUUGACAUGGGAACAAGUGGAUCGUAUCAGCACCAAUCUUGCUUGCCGCUGGUCAUAUUCCCUUGGCCAUCUCGAUGCACCUGUGGCAGUGCUUGCUGACCACUCGCUCGACUAUCUCUUUUACAUGAUCGCACUCCUUAAAUUACGCGUUGUACUGCAAGCAUUAUCGCCACGAAAUACUCAGGCAGCUGUCACCAACAUGCUUAUCAAGGGAAAAGCAGGCUACAUAAUGGCUUCUGAAAAGUACGCUGACACUGGUAAAACAAGUGCAGAUCAAGUGCAGAUCCCCUAUCAGACCUUGUUGCCUUUUGAUAUCGAGGCGUUGAGCCAUGAGCCGUUGAAUCCGGAUGCUGCACACAUUCUCAACAAGCGAUACACUAAGGAGGAUGAAGAAAAAAUCGUCAUCAUUACCCAUAGUUCAGGGACCACUGCAUUUCCAAAAUUGAUUCCUCUUAGCAAUCGAUACAUGUUUGUGCAUGUACAACACUUUACUCAUGACAUGGCCCAUCGGUACGGUGAAGCUCCAUGGACUCUCGAGCGAUCCGAUAUCUUUAUGGUUGGAUUCCCCUUAUUCCAUAUUGGCGGUAUCUUUCAGGCUUUUUGUGCAAUGAUGCAUCAUGGCACAUCCGUCUAUUCACCUCUCCCGCUACAAGUCAAGGACGUUGUUGAUGCAAUCGAGCAAUGUGGUGUCACCUACGUGUAUUUUGCUCCUGUGCUUGUGGAUCAGAUCGCAACAUACAUCAAAGAAACCGGGGACAUUGCACCUUUUAAAAAGCUCAAGGUGAUCCAGUUUGGAGGUGCGCCAUUAAGACCUGAUUUAGGUGAAUUCCUUACAUCACAUGGCAUACGACUUCAAUGCUGCUAUGGAGCUUCAGAGUUUGCCAUUAGCUUUCUCAAUGAUGAUACUCGUGAUGACAUUCCUUGGAAUUCAACACGACCAUCCCAUAUCAUCAAAGACUAUUGUCAUUUUGAACCAUAUGAUGAGCAAGCUGGCACCUAUCAUCUCGUCAUCAAAUCGGGAGCGCCCAACCUAGCAACGGGUGUUGAAAAUAGGCCUGAUGGAUUUGGCACCAAUGAUCUAUUCAUCCAAGAUCCACCCAACUCGGGGUAUUGGAGACAUUUAGGCCGCAAGGAUGACAUCCUUGUAAUGGAAAACGCACAAAAGACCAAUCCAACACCCAUGGAGUUUGCCAUUUGUAGCGCCUCUAUCGUCAAAUCAUGCACCGUUAUAGGUGAAGGUCGACAAUGCACUGCCACAUUGGUUGAACUUGAGUAUGAGCAAGCUAUUCAAUAUACACCCAGUGAGAUCAUUGAACAAGUGCAUGCGGCUGUAGCCAACGCGAAUGCAAAUGCACCCAACUACAGCAUCAUCCUUCCAGAAAUGAUUUACAUCUUACCCUUGAGCAAACAUCUCCCUACCACCGUAAAGGGCAACGUUGUACGUAAGAGCGCCAUCAAGGAAUUCGAAGACGUUAUUGAGAAGAUGUACACCAACUUUAUGCAAGGCACUGGCAACACAAGAAAUCCAGAUACCAGUAAUGCAUGGCCAAUUCAGGAUAUUGAAUCAUUGCUUGUGCAAGCUGCAUCCAACGUCCUUGGGAAAAGCCCUACCCUAAUUUCAAAAAACAAGGAUCAAUCGCUCUUUGACCUAGGUCUCAACUCGUUGCUUGCCAUUCAACUACGCAAUGCUAUUGCCGCUAAAUUUGGUCAUAUCAGCAACACAUUCCUAUACGAGCACCCAUCCAUCAAAGCCAUUGCUACUGCAUUAAGGUCACCAAACGCUGUCAAGAGCAAUGAUGAGCAACGAUACCAGGAAACACAAGCCUUACUAGAAUCAUACAUUGCACGAGCCAAGGUUGAUUUUAGCCCAUGUAUCACGAACAAGGAGACUGGGGAUGACCAGCAGCAGCAGCAUGUGGUCUUGUUAACGGGCUCUACAGGCGCAUUAGGCGCAUUCAUCUUGCAUGAUCUUAUUCGUUCACCCAAAGUUAGCAAGAUCUAUUGCCCUGUACGUGCCACAACAACAACGAAUGGAAUGGAUCGCAUUAUCGAAUCCUUCAAUGCUCGCCAUUUGGAUGUUUCAUUGUUGGAUAGCGGCAAGGUGGAAGCACUACCAAUGAAUUUGAAUGCCGAGUACCUUGGAUGGUCGAAGGAAUUGUAUGACCGAUUAAAGCAAGAGAUCACUAUUGUUCAAGCAUGUGGAUGGCUUGUUGACUUUAAUCAGCCCAUCACCCAUUUUGACAAGGAAUGUAUCCAAGGUCUUUACAACCUACUCAAGUUUGCGCAUCGUCCCACAAACCCAAUGCGUGUACACACCAUCUCAAGUGUGAGUGCCACAGCUGCCAUGAAGAACGUGGAUCGUAUCUCCGAAACGACUUUACCUCAAGAUCCACACGUUGCUAUGCCAAUUGGAUAUGCACAAUCCAAGUACAUUGCCGAACAUCUUUUUGAUUAUCUCACAAGAGAGAAAGGAAUGCCAUGUAUUGUGGAACGCAUGGGUCAAGUGUGUGGCGACAGCAUCAAGGGAACAUGGGGUAUCCAGGAGCAAUUCCCAUUGAUGAUGGUUGGUGGUGGUGCCAUGUUGAAAAAGAUGCCUGACCUCGGCAAGAUGACGAUUGAUUGGAUUCCCAUUGAUUAUGCAGCAUCCAGCAUCACUGAUAUCAUGCUCAAUACAACCACCACACCCAUUGAACAAUUAAGGGGCCGUGUAUUCCAUAUCGUGAAUCCCAACCAUGUGAGCUGGUCUAAUGUGCUUCAAGCGAUGCAAGAAUGUGGAAUGCAGUUUGAUGUUGUCAAACCCAAAGAAUGGAUAGCAGACUUGAGCAAGCAUCAGGAAAAUCCCGCGUAUAGGUUGUUAUCCUUUUAUGAAGGCAAUCUCCUUGGCGACAGCAACAUGCCCAUUUUUGAGACAACAAACACCAUCCAAUUCACAAGCUCCACUUUGAAGGAGGCGCCCAUCUUUGAUGCCAAAUUAAUGAUGAAAUGCCUUGCUUAUUGGAAGGUGGUCAAAUUUCUAUAG